AUGGUUUUAAGCAAAAAGAUUGAGAAUGUCAUCGAUAAGGAAUAUCAAUUGAUUAUUAAUGAUAUUCCACUAGCUGAUUAUUUAUACGAUCUACGAAGUAUAGGAUUGAUAUCUGACGAUGAAGUUAUCAAACUUAGAGAUGAUUGCAAGAAUAAUAAAGAGCGAGUAUUUGAAUUUUUAAAAAUAUUGAAGUCAAGAAGUGAUGAAAACUUCUUUCAAUUCUGCUGUAUACUCAAGGAAAGUCAAGUCAGACAUAUUCAAGAUAUUGGUAAAGCUUUAGAAAUUGAAGCUAAUAUCCCUAAUAAACAUAGUAAGUCCAAUUAUAUUCCACAUAUACUAAGUGUCCAGCAUGUUUUCAUUUCCACUAUUUGCUCAUCAGAGACUUUCCCGCUCGCAAGUUCUUCGCAAAGUGUAUCCGAAUAUUCUUCAUCAGAGAAUUCUCCAUCAAAAAAUCCCUCAUCAGAAAAUUUUCCAUUAGUGAAUCCCCCAUUAGAAAAUCUGUUAUUGGAAACUUCUUCAUCAGAAAUUCCUGUAUUGGAAUUUUCUACAUCCGAUUUGUCUCUAGCAAAAAGCUCUUCUUCUCAAAUUUCUAUACUCGAUUUUGAUGUGCCUGAAAACUUACUUCGAAAUCUUCCUCCAACUCCAAGUAAUCACUAUGUUAUGAGAAAGGACGCCGUAAACACGAUUUGUGAUCAAUUAAAGAUCAUAAAUGAUCUAUCUGGUCAUCUCUUAAUCCAUGGUAUGGCUGGUAGCGGUAAAACAGUUACUGUUUGUCAGUCUGUAAGGCAAGCUGCUAAAAGAGGCUAUUUUAAAUCAAAUGGUUGUUACUGGAUGAAAAUUGUCAAUAGCCGAAUAUCCGAUACAUUGUUUAUUUUCGAUGAUAUCUGGAUAAAGGAUCAUUAUAACUACUUAUCCUUUGCCAAAAAGUCUAUCGCUACUUCACGAUUUUUGUAUUAUGAAAAUGAGCUUACUCACUACUGCAUUCGGCUGCCGGAGCAGUUAGCUUUCGACGAAGCAAUAGAAUUGCUUUCAUUACAUCGCCACGAUCGCGAUACUCAAGUUUUGCGUGAUAAUCCAAUUAUCAAGAAUGUCAUCGAUAGUUGUGCGGGCCUACCGUUAGCCAUCAAUUUAAUUGGUGGUUUGCAUCUAGACACUAACGAAGAUUGGAAUAAAGCUAAAGCAAUCAUUUCAAAUAAGUCCAAGAAAGUUAGAUUAGCUAACUAUAACUUUAAUCUGCAUGGAACAUUGCAGUUAAGUGUGGAAUCUAUAGAAGAAAAUGAUAGACGACUGUUUGAGUCGCUAGUUGUAUUUAAACGCGUAAAUAUUCCCAUCGAAUCAAUUGCCUCAUUAUGGAACUGUGAUGAGCAAGACACGGACGAUCUCUUAGUAGAAAUGAAUAAUAAAUCAUUGCUAAGAUAUGUUAGAGGAAACAAGUAA